AUGGAGAAGUAUAACAACACUCAGUUUGCGCCCUUGAGAGAUGCUCCAUUUGCUCUCCGUGGUGCUAUUGGUGGCUCGAACUCAAAUCUUGAGCAAGCCAGAGGCUACACAUCUUUGCCUCUAGCAGCCCUGCGACCAAAUGUGUCUGCACCUGGAAGCCGAGCCAUGCACACAAGCCGCCCCAUGGCAGCUCCUGUUGCAAACCGCCCAUUGUCGCCCCACCUCCCACUGAAGAAGCCACAGUUCAGUGCUACGUUCUCAAUCUCGCACCGUAUUUUCGGUGUCGCGUUGGGAGUUGCCAUCAUAUCUGUCCCUCUUGCCACCAAUAGUUCAACCUGA